AUGUCACUUCGCGUUGGGUUUCGCGCAGUCCGCGCCCUUCAAAACGUCUGUGCACGCCCUGCAGCGAGGCCCGUAACUUCAACGAGGCGAUGCAUUCACGCAUCUUCUGCUUCUAACGCGUCAGCUUCACCCUUCACCGAACCCACGUCUCCGAAUCACACCAUUUCAAAAUACGCCGAGACAACAGAAGCCCUUCACACAUACGGCUCCUAUAUCACACAAUGUCUUCCCAAAUUCGUCCAACAGUUCUCCGUUUUGAAGGAUGAGUUGACCAUCUACACCGCGCCUUCCGGAAUCAUCCCGGUACUCACCUUCCUGCGUGACCACUCACAAUGCCAGUUCAAAGCUUGUAUGGAUAUCUCCGGUGUCGACUUCCCAGAGAGGGAGAAGCGGUUUGAAGUCGUAUAUUCCUUGUUGAGCGUGAAGCUUGGCGGAAGGAUCAGGGUGAAGACUUAUGCUGGAGAGGCGGAUCCAGUUCCCAGCGCUGUUGAAGUCUAUAGGGGUGCAGAUUGGUAUGAGCGCGAGGCUUGGGACCUUUACGGAAUUUUCUUCGAGGGACAUCCAGACCUCCGGCGUAUACUCACAGAUUAUGGCUUCGAGGGCCACCCUCUUCGCAAGGAUUUCCCCCUGACGGGCUAUACUGAAGUCAGAUAUGAUGAAGAGCGAAAGCGCGUUGUCUACGAACCUCUUCAGCUCACGCAAGCCUUCCGCAACUUUGAAGCUCUCUCCCCUUGGGAGCAAGUUGGUGAGGGAACGAAAGGUCGCAGACCAGAGGAUUUGAAGCCUUUGCCCCCACCCAAGCCAGAAGAGGUCAAGAAAUAGACGAGACGAGUAUGAUUGUAGCAAUAUAGUGAUAUUCUGCCGCUGCG